AUGAAACAUAUCGUGGUAUGGGCCAAUUGCGCGGCCCAAAACAAAAACUGGGCGUUUAUGUGUUUCCUGGUGAACAUAGUAAAUAGUCAGCUGAUUGCUGCCGAAUCAAUUACCGUAAAAUAUUUUGAACCAGGCCAUACGUUCAUGUCGGCUGAUAGCUUUCACCAUCAGGUUGAAAUGGCAUUAAAAAAGAAAAAGAAAGUAGUAAAAGUGAUGACAGUAUCCGAUUUUUACAGUUAUGAGGAUGUGUCGUCUCAGCAUAAAAUUCGUAACGUGGAACCCAGAGUCUAUCUAAAAGACAUCAUGGCAGUCAGAGCCGAAAGAGGAGCAUUUACAAUAAAGCAAAGAGCUACCCACGUGUCUGAUUGGAAAGAACUAGAUUUUCUACAAGUCAAAAUAAUCAAAAACAAAUGCUUUCCUAAUUUUGCAAACAAGAAUUCAUCGAGAGGAAUAACAAAAGAACGAAAAGAUAGAAUAAUAGCCGACUUAGUACCUUUGAUGCCUGAAACCAGGAGAGGCUUUUGGUUAAACUUACCUGAAACAACCCGAGCUUCGAACCUAGAC